AUGUACGACGAUCCCAAUUCGGAAUGGCAGCUAUUAGUAGAAUCAAGAGAAUCUCGUCGAAUUCAGUGUGAACCGGUAUAUUAUCAUAAAAUUGGAAAUAAAGAUGUUCCUGAUGCGUAUUCUUGUGAAUCAUUUGCUUUUCUCGAACUAUCAACGUUGAAAUAUCCGUACUAUUUAAUCAAUUUACGAAUUGUUGAUAAAAAUGGUCUCUCGCAAAAUAUCGGCAAAUUAAAAACAUUCGAAUUUGUCGGCAUCUAUCAAACAGAAACUUUUACAAAGAUGUGGUACAUAUUGAAAAGUAUCACCUUUCCUAUUGUCCUUGUUGCCCUACUUUGGUUUUAUCGACAAAUGAAACGGGCAGAGAAACCAUACUCUAAUCUGGAUAAAUUGUUGUUUUUACUCGGUUUAGCAACCUGUAUACUCAAUGCUCCCGUGGAAUGGUUCACACUGAUAGUACCUUUCGAUGGUUUUCAAAUUUAUAGUGAAAUUCGACAAGGCUUCUUUCUGACUGUUCUUUUGACAUUUUGGUUGUUUUUUGCUGCUGAACAUGUUGUUGACAAGAGCAAAGAUGGAACUUUUUGGUCGUAUGGAAAGUAUAUUGGCUUACUUUGGUUCGCUUCAAGUGUUCUACUCAUAUUCGCUCUAUGUCAAAGAGGAUUUCAACUUUGGAAUCCAUUUCAUUCGAUUUGGUCAACAUCAGCUGGUCGAAAUGCAAGUUUCACAUUCCUGAUACUUGCGGGUCUAUCGGGUUUCAUUUACAUGAUAUGCUUAAUUGUUCUCGUUGCGCAUGUCUUUUGGAAUAUUCGCAGUAAACAAGGUGAAUUAGCAGCAAUGCGUCGUAUUCGACGUUUAAUGUAUCAGGGUGCGUUCUAUCGAUUUCAAUUUUUGUUAUUGUCGACCAUUCUAUGUGCUGUAUUAACCAUUGUUUGGUACUGUUUGAGUCAGAUAUAUGAAACUGAAUGGGUUUGGGAUGCAGAUCAACGGCCAAAGAUUCACUAUACAGGUGCAUUUAUCACCGGCAUUUAUGGAAUGUUGAAUCUCUAUGUAUUUGCUGUUCUGAUCUUAUUCUCACCGGUUAUAACUAAUGUUGAUGACAUGGAUGAAUUAACAUUGACCGACGAUGAUGGUAAUACAAUUCAUUUAACAAACAAUCAAACAUCAGCAUAUCAAAUGAUUACGAAAGCAGCGAUUAGUUAA